UAUAUAAAUCGAAACAGAAAAGUAGUAGAAAAUGCAAAGAUAGAGAGGAGAUGGACAUAUAUUUCAUAUCUCACGGACCACCAAUCCUAGUGAUCGAUGAAACAAUUCCAGUGAGAUCAUUCUUGAAAUCGUGGCAACAGAUAGUCCAUAAAGAGAAACCAAGAUCGAUUCUUCUGAUAUCAGCGCACUGGGAAACAGAAAUUCCAACUGUUAAUGGAUGUAUCAAUCAGAAGUACUCCACCAUGUACGACUUCGAAACCCGUCCUGAACGGCUUCCCCUCUUCGAGCUCAAGUAUCCUGCACCAAGUGCCCCUGAAUUGGCCAAGAGGGUUAAAGAAUUGUUGAUAGAGUCUGGUUUUAAUCAGGUCGAGGAGGAUCAAACUCGGGGUCUUGACCAUGGUGCGUGGUGUCCACUUAUGCUGAUGUACCCAGAAGCUGAUAUUCCUGUGUGCCAACUUUCUCUCCAAACCAAAUUAAAUGGAACCCAUCACUACAACAUGGGAAAAGCAUUAGCCCCUCUUAGAGAUGAAGGAGUCCUUAUAAUCGGAUCAGGUCAUGCAACCCAUAACGUGCUAGCCCUUGGAGAUCAUGACGAUCCUGUUCCGUCCUGGGCUUCGGAUUUCGAUACAUGGCUCAGAGAAUCUCUUAUCAGCGGCAGACACGAAGAUAUUAAUCAGUAUGAGGAGAAGGCGCCAAGGGCUCAAAUGGUGCAUCCAUCCCCUGAACAUUUCUAUCCGUUACAUGUGGCUCUAGGGGCAGCUGGAGAAGAUGCUAAAGCUGAACUCAUCCAUCAUAGUUGGAGGGAGGCUGCUCUUUCAUAUGCAUGCUACCGCUUUAAGACCAUAUCUUGAUGUUCACCACACCGCACCGCCGGUUUCGUUCUUGCUGUGAAAACUAUAUGUACUUAAAUGCCCGGCCCCAUGUUUUUAUCUUUUCUUCUACAUUUAAAAUGAAAUGACACUCAUGAU